AUGGAUGAAAUUGGUUCCUCAUCUAGAUCGAGGAGUCGGCUUGCUCGGGUGUCUUCUUCCCGGAAGGAGGAGGAGGAGGUGAGAUACCAGGAUGAUCAGGAGAUACCUGAUGCUAACCCUCCGCACGGGGAGGAGGAGGAUGGCUUCCCGGGGGGUCCUAGGGACACUUCCGUGCUGAUUUCCUACCACGAGCACGUCGCUCGACAUGUCUGGGAGGAAGAGGAAAGGGCGGCGCUAAAAAUGGUGAAUCACGCACGGAAGAUUUUUGAUCUGUUUAAACCAGAGGCGCAGUGGUUUAAUGAUGUGGUGACUGCUUCCGGGCUCGGUGGGUUGUGCAUAGCCACGGCAUGCAAGAGCUCUUAG